CCUCUUAGCAGCCUCAGCAUCGAUUUCUUAAGUUUUCACGUACACAAACGCGCCUGGAGGAAAAUGUCCAAUUCAGACGAGAGAAUGGAGGUGGCGUCGACAAAGCCGGCCAAACGCAAAACGGCGGCUGAGAUCAGACACAUCCACAAGGAGCAGCAGCGGAUUGCUCGUGAGGGUUCAGCCGAGACGCAGGAAGGAGCACACGCAUAUCUGCAGCAAUGGGAGGAGGAGCGCGAUGCAUGGAAGUUCAAUAAGGCAAAGCAAAAUUGGAUUAUUCGGCAUCUAUACGUCGCAACGCAGAUACCCGAGCCCCAGUUUGCCAUAGCCUUGAAGUACUUUUCGGUGCUGACUGGUAAGCUGCGCGACAGCUUACUAAAGGAGGCGAGGCUGGUGCGCGACCCAGUCACUGCCGAUUCGCCGGAGCUACAGCAGCUGAGAUCGAAGGCUCUCGGUGUGCUGCCGUCGCAUGUUACCAAGGCACAGGCAAACUCAAUCAAGAAGGCGAGGCGCGAGGCACGAAUCGCCAAGGCAUUGAAGGAGAGCGAGAGUGGGGCAGCAGCGAAGGAAGAGGAGGAGGAUGAUGGUGAUAAAGAGGAGUCGGCAGUGGCUGUCUCCGAGACCGUAACCAAGCGGGCUGAGCGCAUGAUCGAGGUGUUAACCAGCCCACCAGAGAAUACUAACGAUGAGGGCAAGAGCAAGAAGGACAAGAAAGACAAGAAGGACAAGAAACGCAAGCACAAGGAUGAAGAUGGCUGCACAGACGGCGACUCUGAGAGAAAAAAGUCCAAAAAGUCCAAGAAGGAAUCAAAAUAGCUAACAUUUUAUUCCGUCAACUAGACGUGUUGCAGCAAGCAUAUCUAAUGAAGCCUAGCGCACAUAG